GUCUCGAAUUCUCUCGUCUCUCCCUGCGGCGCAUAUUGUUUACUCAAAAGACCCGCCCUCGCCGUGGCGACCUAUUCCCCUCGAACGCUUCAAAAGAAAUUGGAACAUUCGUAGUACAAUUUAGAAUCCUACUUUGAUUCGCCCAAACCUGAUUCAAAUUUCCUCUGUUCAUCUCUUUGCGGAAAGGGCUCUGUUUUACGACAUCAAAUUAUGUUAAUUUCUAGGCUUUCUAGAGUUGGAUUUUGGAUUGCCAAAGAACUAUCGAGAGGCGGAUAUACUUGUAUCUCUAGAACAAGAUUUAGACAAGGGCCCUGUCGACAAUACCAGAAUUCUCCGCUUGACUUACUGCCAGAAACUAGCGCUUUUCAAGGGGGCAUAUUUCUGAAGCAUCGGGAUUUUUGUACCUCAGCUUCCAACAAUGCUUCUGAGGGAGGAGAUGAACAGAAAGAAACGAUAUCUGUCACAUUUGUUUCAAAGGAUGGAGAAGAAAUCCCCAUUCAAGUGCCUGUUGGAAUGUCGAUGUUGGAAGCAGCUCAUCAAAAUGAUAUAGAGCUUGAAGGAGCAUGUGAGGGUUCACUUGCCUGUUCAACAUGCCACGUCAUAGUGACGGAUACGGAGUACUAUAAUAAAUUAGAAGAUCCAAGUGAUGAAGAGAAUGACAUGUUGGACCUGGCCUUUGCGCUUACAGAAACGUCCCGACUGGGAUGUCAAAUAAUUGCAAGGCCUGAACUUGAUGGAAUUCGUUUAGCAAUCCCUGCUGCCACUCGAAACUUUGCUGUUGAUGGAUAUGUUCCAAAACCACAUUAGACAAGAUACAGCGCGGGUUAAAUGAGUUUAGACAAUGCGGCCGUUCAGUUUUGUAGCUUCUCACUUGUAUUGGAUAACAAAAAUCUACUGCCCUUCCUAAUAAUUCCUGUGUGCACUGAUUCUAUACAUCAAAUGAUGUUAAUAACGCUCUUCUUUGUUUCAUUUAUUUUAUUUCCCCCCUUUCAACUGAUAUGAAAAACACAGGAAACCCCUAAAAGUCCUUUUUAAGGACACUGAAAUUGAAUGACUCUCUAUGAUGAAUUGAUGCUUA